AUGACAAAUAAGACUUCUGAACUGUUUGCAAUUUGGGAAGGGGAGGCUUCGCGGGUGGUUCCGUUGGUGAAACGACUUGUCAAACAUCAGUCUGAAAUUAUUCGGGGGUUCUUCGCCCUCCACUUUACCAUAGCGCGUCUUCCUUUCUCCCACAGAAAUAGAACAGAAAGCAAUCUUCAAAAUGCAAACAUUCCCAGCCCUGUGCUUUUGUGCAGGCAUCUCGCUGUGUGCGCUGGGCACGGAGCGGCGCGCGCGCGCUCGCCUUUCCCUCAGCGGCCCCCCGCGGCUCGGACCAGGGACUGUAGACAGGCCAUCCAUCAUCCGCCCUCCUCCCGCCGAGCGUCGAGCGUCGCUGCUGCGGCCAAUCCGGCGGCAGGUGGGGCUGCACCUGAGGGACAGCCCGCCGCUUCCCUCCGCUCUCUCCACUGCGCUUGGCGUGCUAGAGAUGCCCUUGUGAGCCACUGCGUUCUCCAAGGCCAGAACGAGACAGUGCAGCCUCAUGAAGUAUCCACUGGAAUAACGACCACAUACAGAAGGGCCCAGGGAAUUGCUUCUUUGGGGAUUACAGAGAAGACUCUGGGAAUUUAUAGAAACAAACAUCAGAAGACUGAAAUGUGGAGAGAAGAAGGCUGCCUGACUACGGAAUCUCAGGAUACAACGAAAACAUCAAGAGUGUAAGCCCCACUCUGCCUGCUGGUCACAGGAGCAGGAUAAGCCAACUUGCACCAUGAAGCUGAGUCACCUUGGCUGACUGAG